GCUACAUGCAAAGUGCAAAUAGGGUAAAGCUUAGGAAAAGGAUGACCAUUUGGCCUUUGGAGAGAUCAUUGGGACAAAAUGUACUUCACAGUUCACACUCAAAUGUCCUUAGUAUGGACUUAUAAAUAAGGUUGUCACAAAUGAUUAUUUUUCAUAUCUACUCUCUUCUACUUCACUCCUACAAGUGAGAAUUCUGUUUUUUCACUAUUGUGAUUCAGUUAAUAAUGGUAACAUCAUUUUUGAUGACAACUUCAUCUCAUCCUACUUGCCUGAGGCCUCAAACCACUGGUAAUGAACAAUGGAUGAGAAUAGUUUCAGCAACGAAAAAGCGGACUCAGUUGAAGCUUUCUCCUGACUAUUACAAUCGAGUAGCAGCUUCAGGAGCAAUAAUGUGUAGUGCUACUAAUAAACCAACCGAGAUCCCUCGUCAAUGGUAUAAUAUUGUUGCUGAUCUUUCAGUUAAACCCCCUCCAGCCUUGCAUCCGGAAACUCUACAACCAGUCAAGCCUGAAGAUUUAUCUCAUCUAUUCCCAGAUGAAUUGUUAAAGCAAGAUAAUAGUACCGAGAGAUUUAUUGAUAUCCCUGAGGAAGUUUUAGACAUUUACAGUCUAUGGCGGACAACCCCGUUACUCAGAGCCAAAAGAUUGGAGAAACUUCUAGGUACACCUGCAAGGAUAUACUACAAAUAUGAAGGUGUGAGCCCUGCUGGUUCACACAAACCUAAUACUGCAAUCCCACAAGCAUUUUAUCAUGCACAACAAGGAACCAAGAAACUUGUUACAGAAACCGGCGCUGGCCAAUGGGGGAGUUCAUUAGCGUUUGCCUGCAAUUUAUUCGGUCUCGAUUGUGAAAUCUGGCAAACUCGAGCUUCUUAUGAUGGUAAACCCUAUAGGAAACUGAUGAUGCAAACAUGGGGUGCUAAAGUUCACCCAUCUCCAUCGGACAAAACUAAUGUAGGUAGGUCUAUCCUUCAGAAGGAUCCAUCCUGCCCAGGUAGUGCAGCAAUAGCAUCCGCCGAGGCUGUGGAAAUUUGUACUGAAAAUGCAGACACUAAGUACUGUAUGGGGAGUGUUCUAAACCAUGUAGUACUACACCAGACUAUCAUAGGAGAGGAGUGUAUACGACAAAUGGAAGCAUUAGGAGAGAGUCCUGACGUGAUCAUUGGUUGUUCUGGUGGAGGAUCUAAUUUUGCAGGGCUUGCAUUUCCUUAUCUCCGAGAGAAACUUGAAGGAAAAAUCAACCCUAUCAUAAGGGCAGUUGAGCCUUCGGCAUGUCCUUCGCUAACCAAAGGUGUAUAUGCUUAUGAUUCCAGCGAUACAACAGGUUUGACACCAUUGAUGAAGAUGCACACCCUUGGCCAUGACUUCAUUCCUGAUCCAGUCCAUGCUGGAGGUCUACGUUACCAUGGUAUGGCACCACUAGUUUCACAUGUCUAUGAACUAGGCCUGAUGGAAGCUGUAGCAAUGCCUCAGCUUGAAUGCUUUGACGGAGCUAUACAAUUUGCCAGGUCAGAAGGUAUUAUACCAGCACCCGAAUCAGGCCAUGCAAUAGCAGAGGCAAUUAAGGAAGCGCUCCACUGUAAAGAGACUGGAGAAUCAAAAGUUAUAUUGUUGCUUGUGUCUGGACAUGGUCAUUUUGAUCUUAAAUCUUUUGAGAAGUAUUUGCUUGGAAAUAUGGUUAACUUGUCUUGUACAGAUGAAACACUACGGGCAUCACUGGUUGGUAGUAAUAUUCCAUCAGGUUUUGAACUGAAGUGUUAAGGUUAUUAUAUACUUGGAUAAAGAGAAUCACCCGUCUGUGUAGACCUUGUGUUUGUGCCGAUGAUGAAAGACCAAGAACAAUGAAGACAGUGUUUGCUCGAGUGUUUAAUGUGAAGUGUCAGGGAUUUGGAAACUCUGAAAUGUUUUAAGUUGUACUGUCCAAAGAUUGGUUAAUGUUCAUUAACCAAUCUCAUGGAUUUUGUUUAGUCUGAUAAGUUCUACAAUAGUAUAAAGGGUUUGGGAACUCUGGAAUGUAUUAAGUUGAGUCCAAAGAUUGGUUAAUGUUCAUUAACUAAUCUCAUGUAUUAAGUGUGACAAGUUAAUGAUAUUUACAAGAGCUAGUGCGAUGUUUGGAUGGUUUUCA